UUUCCAUGUCUGUUGAUGCCAUGAAUAUCUUUCUUCAGGGCUAAACAUGAAAAUGGCAUGGGGAGAGAUCAGGACUGUAUGGAGGAUAUAUAAGGGCUUCCCAGUAAAACAUCUACAGUGUAUGUGAAACAAUGUUGACAACAUGCCCUGUUUACAUUGAUGAUGUCACAUGCUAUAGACACAAUAUAACUUUACCCCUUUGUAAGGGAUGCUUGGAGCAAAAGCACAUCAAAGCAACCUAAUUUAUGGGCUACUGUGGUGGAGGAGGUAUAGGACAAACAAGCCCCACCUCUUUUUCAUGGGGCAGACAGCUUAUUAGAAUUAACUUUGCAUUGACAGUGCCUGCUGUAAUGUUAUCACUUGAUGUAUUGUUUAGUAGCUAAAGAUGUGAACAGGCAGAAACAUUCUGUACCAGCUCAAAGUUAUCCGUCUUCCACAGAUUUCUUAACAUGCAGAGAAGGGGAAAGUCAUAGUAUGUAUUUAGUAGGAUAUGUGUUUACCAAGCCUAACUGUUAAGCAGAACAGGUGUUAUCUGUUGGCUAGCCUCCUACAUUUUUUCACUGUUGUGAAAGUAGACAGUGCUUCAGCUGUAACCCAAUUACAUCCAUUUGAUGGGUUAUACUAUACAAUCACUUGAAAAUAACUAGUUACAUUGCCACAGUACCCCGUGCAGCUGGAAGUCAUUAUUUCCUCAUUAUCUCUUUCCCAUUCCAUUUCCUUUCCAUUCUUGUCACACCAGUUGUUCAUGUAUAUGUCCCAGCUGCUUAAUUACAAGUGGUGUCUGUUCUGUUCAACAUGUCUGGCAGCAUAGAAACCACUCAUACCUACAAUAAUAUUGGUGAAAUGGCUGUAUGGUGAAAAAAUUUCAGUGUGGAUAUGCAACCAACAUCUAAACUCUUAUGGAAAUCAAAAAUUUAUGAGUAGGUGGUUUAUGGGUGGGGAUCAUUGUGCUGUGGGAAUCUGGGUCUGACAGAAGUGUGUCUGGAUGGCCAAGGUGGUUAAGGUGACUAUUCUAGAGAAGCUGAGCAUCCAGGUCAAGUCCCAGUCCAACACAAAUUUUCAACUCUCACUGUUGCAUUGCUGUAAUGUGCUGUGCAGCUAGAAGUCAUUAUUUCCUUUCUGUUUCUUUCCCAUCACAUUUCAUUUCCAUUUCUUUCACCCAUACUCUUCACAGCUAUGUCCCAGCUGCUACAUCGCAAAUGGUGUCUGUUCCAUUGAAAAUGUCCGACAGAUCAGGCACCACUCAUAUCUGUAGUAAAAAAUUGUCAAAAUUAUUGUUUUAUGCUAUAUAUGCCAUAUGGUAUUAAAUAACAUGUUGUCUGUGGGAUGGAAAGAGGUGUAAAGCAGAAAUGUUUCCAGGUUACUUUUAAGAUUAACUUUUGUUAUUUUCAGGUAUUUUACACAUUUUGGCAAGUGACUGGAAGUUUUUGCUGUUCAGUAGUUCAUGCCAAAGACAAUCUUAAUUAAGGUUAUUUUUCAGUCUAGAAUUAUAAUCAUAGACAGGACUAUUAGACAUUUAGUGGAUUAUUUACAGCAGCAUUUAUUAGGGAAAAUGUGUACUGUGGAACUGUGGUUUAAAUAGUUAGAGCUUUAAUGAGAUAUCACUAAAGUAGUCAUUUAUAAGCACUGUACUGAUAAUACACAUUUGUGUAAAAGAUGAGAUUUCUCAGAACACUAUUCCAUAAGACACCAAUGAACAAAAAUCUAUACAAUAUGGUAGUUUAUUUGUUUAUAGCUGAGAGUUACAAUAAAACGAAAUGCAAUAACUUGUAUCAUGUUGUUUAAGAAGUCCAGAAUGAAGAAAAUAAAUUUUUCAUUGUACAUUGUUGCAUACAAUGUAAUAAAGUGUCCUGAAAAAUUGAAAAUUUGUGUCAGACCAGGACAUAAACCAAGGCUGUAGUCUUUGGUCACUGGUUUUUAUGCCAAAUGAUCAAAGAUCCACCUCAGUGCUUCACUAUGCCAUUACAUAUCUCCUACUUUCAAGCUUCACAGAGACUGCCCUGCAUAUGGAUUGGCAAUUCUGGGAGAAAACCUUUGUUCAGUUAAGCUUAUGAAGUGUUCUUGGGUGGGUAUUAAAUGAGCGUGUUGCCUGUGAAUGUUUUAAUCUGUUAUGAAGUUUCAGUUCCAAUACAUUACCUCUGGUUCAAGUAUAUAUUACUAAAUAACUAAUCCUUGGCACAGCCCCUUGGUCCCAACUGAAGGUUGCACAUCUAACAGCUUCCAGUAGGAACAAGAACUGGCUUUUCAGUGUUUUACAUAAUUAUUGACUGAAUUUAAAAAUAUUAAAUCUGUCUUAUUUUGUUCAUUAGGAAAUACAAUCUUAUGUUAAAGAUUUAAAACAACUAGGCCUGUUCUUACAAUGACCAGCAAAGUAAGAGUAGGAAUUAACCUCCAGUAAACUUUAUGGUUAGAGUAAACUUACAAUAAAUUCACUUUGGUUCUUACCAUUUAAAAGUUAACUCUUACGGGAAGUUAAUAAAUCUGUACAAUAUUUGUAGCACUUAGUAUACUGUUUAUGGUAUAUAUAUGAUCACGUGUCAGUUCUUUCCAUUGUUUUAAAAGUUUUUGUGAAGGAAAGCAAAACAUGGGGUGAAGUGGGUGAAUUGUUUGAAGCUCCGAGUGUCACCAAAUGACGUCUAAAAAUUUUAAGAGGUAAGUAUGACAACAUGAAGAAAAAAGUCAAAAAGGAAAUAGCAGAUGGAAAGAAAGAUAUUUUCUUAAAAGGAUGGAGUAGUAAACCAGCCACCAACCAUGGCAAGAAUGCAGAAACACUACUGGGCUUAAUGGAUACCACCACUAUUGGACUGGAUAAUCCAUAUGAUGGAAACACAGUACAUACUGAGAAAGGAAUGAGCAGUUGGUCUGCAAAAACCUGCAGCCUCACUGAGUUCAGUAAUGAGCCUAUAACUGAAACUAUUGUUAUUGAAAUGACAGAGGAGCAGGAGGAAGAACAUAUGUGGUCAUACUUGUCAUCUGCAAACCUCAAGUCUCUUACGAGCCCUGAAUUAACGGUUGAGGAUAGGUUUAAAAAAAGGAAAAGUGGCGAUGCUAAUAAAGAAACUUUGCACACCAGAAAUGUGUUUUAUACAGAAGAAAAGAAGUGUGCUAAGGAGAUGCUUGAAUGUGAAAGGCAAAGACAUGAGUGAGUGGGAGGGAGAAAGCCAUGACUUAGGGCAGUUAGAAUAUGAACAAAAAAUUAAACAAGAAAAUAAAUUUGAGAAACAGACAAAAUU